CUCAAAAGGUGCUCAAAAUCGGAGAGUCAUGGCUGAAGGUAGCGAUGUAGCUCGCCCUGAGAGAAAAUGGAAGCUACCACUCUUUGUUUUCUUCGAAGAUGUUAGGCAUGUGUUCAAGUUCGAUGAUCUUGGUAAAGAAAUCCUAGGUAUCGCGUUCCCAGCAGCACUAGCAUUAGCUGCUGAUCCCAUUGCUUCUCUAAUUGAUACAGCAUUCAUCGGUCAUUUAGGGUCGGUUGAAAUAGCUGCAGUAGGAGUAUCAAUUGCCAUUUUCAACCAAGCCUCUAAAGUCACAAUAUUCCCUUUGGUUAACAUAACUACUUCAUUUGUUGCUGAGGAAGACACUGUUAGAAGAAUAAGUGAAAAAGCAGCAAUGGAUGAAUCGAAGAACUUAGGUUCGGAGAAGAAGAAUGAAAUGAAAGUAAUAGUAACUGAUGAUGAUGAUGCUGACCUUGAGAAGAUGGAAAAUGGUGCAUCCACCAACAAAGAAACCAAAGAGUCAAUACUAGAAGAAGAACUUAAGACAACAACAUGCAAGAGCAGUCCUGAUAAUAGCAGUAAAUGCAAACGCAAACGUAAGAAGCGACAUAUUCCAUCAGCUUCAACUGCAAUUCUCAUGGGCUGCAUUCUUGGUAUUCUACAAACAAUAUUCCUUAUAUUUCUCGCAAAGCCAAUUUUAAGCUUAAUGGGUGUAAAAUCUGGAUCACCUAUGCUUUCUCCAGCGCGCAAGUAUUUGACUCUACGAGCAAUUGGUGCUCCUGCAGUCCUCCUUUCUUUGGCUAUGCAAGGUGUUUUUCGUGGUUUCAAGGAUACAAAAACCCCUUUGUACGCUAUUGUUGCUGGAGAUUUGAUAAAUAUAGUUCUGGACCCAAUCUUUAUUUUUAUUUUCCGUUGGGGUGUUAGCGGUGCUGCCAUUGCUCAUAUUCUUUCUCAGUACUUGAUAUCAGUUAUUCUCCUGUGCAAAUUAAUGACAGAAGUUGUGUUAUUACCUCCUAGUGUAAAAGAUCUGCAGUUCAGCAAAUUUCUUAAGAAUGGAUUUUGGUUACUAGCAAGAGUGGUAGCUGUCACAUCUUGUGUGACAUUGGCUGCAUCAAUGGCUGCAAGGCUGGGCUCAACACCAAUGGCUGCAUUUCAAGUUUGCUUACAAGUCUGGUUAACUUCAUCUCUCCUUGCUGAUGGAUUGGCAGUAGCUGGACAGGCAAUCCUUGCAAGUUCUUUUGCUGAGAAGGACUACCAGAAAGCAAAGGCUACCGGAGUUCGAGUCCUGCAGAUGGGAUUUGUUUUAGGACUGGGACUUGCUUUGGUUGUUGGAAUUGGUCUAUAUUUUGGAUCAGGAGUCUUUUCAAAGGACAAAAAUGUUAUCCGCAUUAUAACCAUUGCUAUCCCGUUUGUGGCAGGUACACAACCUAUCAACUCCUUGGCGUUUGUUUUAGAUGGAAUCAACUUUGGGGCAAACGAUUUUGCAUACUCCGCAUAUUCCAUGGUUUUGGUUGGUGCACUAACAAUAACCUCUGAAUUUGUGCUUUCGAAAACCAAUGGUUUCAUUGGAAUAUGGAUUGCUUUAACCAUAUUCAUGGCCCUGCGUACCAUUGCUGGUUUAUGGAGGAUGGGGACAGGAACAGGACCUUGGCAUUUCUUGUUGGUUCCAUCAUUGUCAUCAGAAGCCAAGUCAGAGAGUUCCUAGGACUUCUGUGGCGAUAUAUAUACAUAUACACACUUCUUUUUAUAUUUUAAAUCUCCUACAUGUACUCCUUUUGUAGUCUUUCCUCUUUAACUUUUCUUUGUGCUUGUCCUUUGUGCAUUCGUAUAAGGUGGAAAUUCCUACACACUUUUCUACUCAUAUACUAUAUGUUUGUAUUAUA